GCACACGCGCGCCGUUUUAGGUCGGCGUUUCGAACCUCGCGCAUCAUGGCGCACAUGAUGUAUCCCCAGCAUCAUGCGCAUGCAUCGAUGGCGCCGCCGCAGAAGCCGGAGACGUUCAUGUUGAGUAGUGAGGCGCAGCAGAGCCUGCCGCAGGAUGCGCAGGUUGCGUUGCAGCAGGUUGAUAAUCUCAAAUAUUUCCUUAUCUCGGCACCGGUUGACUGGACGUCCGAUCAGUACAUUAGACGCUUUUUAUUACCUACCGGCGAAUACGUGUCGUGUGUGUUGUGGAACAACCUCUUCCACAUCUCCGGCACCGACAUCGUACGAUGCCUCUCGUUCCGCUUCCAAGCCUUCGGCCGGCCCGUGAAGAACUCGAAGAAGUUCGAGGAGGGCAUCUUCUCCGACCUGCGCAACCUCAAGUCGGGCACCGACGCGUCGCUCGAGGAGCCCAAGAGCGGCUUCCUCGACUUCCUGUACAAGAACAACUGCAUCCGCACGCAGAAGAAGCAGAAGGUGUUCUACUGGUACAGCGUCCCGCAUGACCGCCUCUUCCUCGACGCGCUCGAGCGCGACCUUAAGCGCGAGAAGAUGGGCCAGGAGGCGACGACCAUGGCAACCAACGAGCCCGCGUUGUCGUUUGAGUUUGACUCCUCGCAGUCGCUGUUUGAGCAGCUCACCAAGGCGCAGCAGGCCAACUCGUCGUCCUUCUCCGCACAGCAACAACAGCAGCAGCAGCAACAGCACCAGCAACAACAACGACAACAUCAGCCAUCCUACUCGCAAUCUCAAUCCACCUCCCCCGUCAUGCGCGCCAUAGACUCCAUGCCCCCACCCCAGAUGAUCCCACAAGCAAUGCCAAUGCAAGACGACAUGUCCCAGCACCUCGCCUACGCGCAGAUGAACAUGCCCACCAUGGCCCAACACGUCGUCAAGCGCGAGCACGACUUCGGACGGCUACAAUACAACCAGAACGGCGUCCCGCUCACGCAGACCCACCAGCGCCACGCCUCCAUGCCCGCCUACGGGAUGGAGUACUCCCCCGCGCCCUCCUUCGUGUCGUCGCACUACGAGGACUACACCUCGCGCGGCCUGUCGUUCGAGCCGAUCACCCCCCCACAGGCGUCGGGGAUGGGCCCCGAGCCGACGUAUAUCGCGAAUGAGGAUACGGGGUUGUACUCGGCGAUUCCGGAGCACAUGGUUCAUAUGCACGGGAUGAUGUCGAUGCCGCCUACGUCGCUCCCCGGGCCGGCGUACACGAGGCCGUAUGGGGCGUCGUACUCGGUUAUUGAGGGGUCGGCGACUUAUAAGCAGAGGAGACGGCGAUCGUCGAUUCCGCCGGGAUUGUCGGCGCUUCCUACCCCGGCGCAGGGGGGGCAGCAGCGGACUACUUCCCACCCUCCUCACAGACCUAGCGAUCUCCGUCGCUCGGUCUCGAAUUCUGUGGACCCUGUGUCGGAGGAUGUAGAGCCUAGGUCACCGAGGUUGAGUUACCCUGCCCACGCUAUGGCGCACCACCAUAAGGACCUUCUCGUGCUCUCUCGCACGGGCACCCCCGACGGCUCCAGCAACGGCAGCGUGCACCCCCUCUCCCUACACCACGACUUCACCACCGACCUCUCUCCCGACUUCGAGUCCACCUCCAAAUCCAACGGCGUGCUGGACAGCCGGCGCGGCGGCAGCGUGACGGCCAGCGGCAGCAAUGUCGGCGUCAGCGGCGCGGUGCGCAGGGCUCGGAGCGCGACGAUCAUGGAGCUCGGGAGCCCGUAUCCGCAGAAGAGCCACUCGUGUCCGAUUCCGACUUGUGGGAGGCUGUUUAAGCGGUUAGAGCACCUGAAAAGGCAUGUGCGGACGCAUACGCAGGAGAGGCCGUAUGUUUGUGGGGUUUGUAGGAAGGCGUUUUCGAGGAGUGAUAAUCUUGCGCAACACAGACGCACCCACGAACGCGGCGACGGUUCCAGCGACGGCGGCGCCUACGCCUCCCUCUCCGGCGAAGACGACGAGGAGGAGGAGGAUUACGAAGGCGAGGACGAGCUUUCGUCCCUUCAGCAGCAGGUGGCGGCUAAUCUCGAUAACAUCUCCUCCUCCUCCUCGCACCCUGGCCACUCGAACCCUGUUGUGUCGCAUCAUGCGAGGCAUGGGAGUUUGAUGGGGCUCGAAGAGGGGGGGCUGGAGAUUGUGGAGGAAGGGUUGGAGAUUGGGGGCAGUUUGAGGGGGGAUGAUGGGGGUUGGGGGGGGCGCUGGGGGGGCGUUGGGGGGAUGGGGAUUGUGGCGGGGGGGUUGAUGUAG